AUGGAUCCUAAUAGCAAAACUUAUUCCUUCGUUGCGCUACCAGGCAACACAGUCAAAAAGCGUCCUCGUCGCCGGUAUGAUGAGAUCGAACGGUUGUAUCAGUGCUCAUGGCCUGACUGCAACAAGGCUUAUGGGACAUUGAAUCAUCUCAAUGCUCACGUCACGAUGCAGAAACAUGGUUCAAAACGUAGUCCAAAUGAAUUCAAAGAGCUGAGAAAGCAAUGGAGAAAAGCGAAGAAGGAAUCGGAAGCCGCUACCCUUGGUGGCGUCUCUCGAAGACCCAGCGUAUUACGAGGGGGAGAGCGGUAG